ACCAAUAAGAAACCUUUUUAAACUCGAUUAACAUAGAAAAAAAUAAAAACAAAGGUCAAAAAAAAGAAAGGGAAUGAAUCACGCAAUUAAAUUAGGUCGAUUGAGUUCACAAACUUCAAUUUUAUCUUCAUCUUCUGGUUUAUCAUCAAUAACUAGCAGAAAAGGAGUUGAAAGUGUGAGAUUGGUUCAAGUUAGUAGUGGUAAAGAUCCUAAGUCUAAUUUUCGUAAUAUGGAGAAGAACACCAAAUAUCCUGAUCAGGAUAAUAAGGAUUUGAAUGCGAUGGAGGAGUCAUUUGGACAAGGAUAUGCUACAAGGAGUAACGACGAAGGGUUUGGUGGAAUUUACGGUGACAAUGACGAAUUCGCCGAUGAGGCCGGCAAUGCUGAGAUGAAAAUCACCCAGGAUCCUGGUUUUCAUGACAGCAACCAAGGGAGUGAAGUGAAGGAGAAAGAGAAAGCACGUAAUCAAACCCAAGCAAAAUAGAUUACUAGUACUACUUUUGGCACAAAAGAUCAACCACCAUAUAAAAAUCAAGCAGCACUUUUAUUUACUGUGCCUCAUGAUUAUGUUGUUGUAAUUUGUAUUGUUAAUUUUGUUCUCCAUACAAUUACAUAAUAUGUUGCGGACUUUUUCUUUCGAAUGAUGUACUAGGAUCAUUUCGAAACAAGUUAACUUGUAUUAUUGGCUUCACUUUAAUUUCUUUUUUGUAAACGUUUUGAUAUGUUUUACUCA